AUGUCUCAAUUAUCACCUGAUGAAACUCUUCGUAUUGUUCGUCAUUUCCUUUUGAGCUCUCCUCCUGGACAAUUCGAAGAUGUAUUGUAUGAUAUCAGAGAAUUGGUAGCCAAUGAUCAACUUUUAAACACUGGAGCCUUUGAUAUCUUCCGUACUUACAAUGUUGAACAAUUGAUUCCUGUUGAAGUCCCUAAUCAGACCUACAAGGUGAUUUUGUCCAAGUACAAUGAAAUCACUCCACAGACUUAUCUUGAUCCAGUCUCUGAUCAGGUUCUCACAGUGGAUCAUGUGAAGGGACAAGUUACCGGUGUUUCUCCUGCCUCGUCUGAUAUUCUCAACAACUCGUUGAAACAAAAGAAGGACAAACUUGUCAAGGCAAUCCAAAAGUAUGUGGAUGACCACUACCUUUCCGGUAUUUCCAGUGUUUUCCCAUCACAAAGAGAUGACCAAAAGGGUGAAUUAAUUAUCUGUAUUACAGCCAGCAAAUUCAAUGAUAAGAACUUUUGGAGUGGUAGAUGGAGAAGUGUCUAUCGUGAGCACGCAGAAACUGUGGAUGGUGGUGAUUCUUUUGCUGACAAUAUUGUCAAGAUGUUGGUUAAGGCUGAAGGUAACUUCCAAACUCAAAUUGAUACCUCUUGUGCCAACUUGAACGAAACAUUCAAGAGUUUGAGACGUCCAUUGCCAAUGACCAAGACUUUGUUUGAUUUUGCCUCCUCUCAACACAAAUUGGCACGUGAAUUUGGUGGUAAUUAA